UUCUUCACGGUUCAGUCGAAGGAAAAGUUUUUUUUGUAUUUAAAAAUAAAAAUGGAUAAACCAAAUGAAUUGGAUUUUUCAUCAAGUGAAUUCAACGCUCUAGAGGCAUUGUUAAGUCCCGAUGUCACCGUCCCUGUUCCCGAAGCGCCGAUGUACGACAACUUAGGACAAUUCGUCUCGACGUUAAAUCGUGCAAGAGCAAAACAAGCACAAGGCGAUGGUGCAGGUCCAAGUACUCGUGAGAGCAAUCAAGCAACCAUCAACACCCUUAACAGUCUCAACCCAUUAAAGAGAAAAUUUCUUCCCCAUCAAGAACCGGUUAUGGGCCGAGGCCGGAGUCGGCCGCAACGUAAUCUACUCACGCGCAUGGACGAGGUCACAAGAGGUCCUAUGAGCGUCCUACGCAAUUGCAUGAUCAACAAAACGCGAGUCAAGGUUUGGAUACGAGGAGCGACGUGGAUCCGCGGUUUCUGCAUCGGCUACAUCGCCGCAUUCGAUAAACAGUGGAACUUGGCAAUGACCGACGUCGACGAAACAUUUACGCGUCGGCGCCACAGGAAGACUCCCAUUUUGGGUCCGGUAGAUCACAUCACGGAGGCCCUGGGCUCGUUGACGACGUCUAGCGACGACAGUAAAGACAAAAUUCCUUCGGCUCCUGGACCGUCGAAUCAGAGGAAGAGCGAUCCUUUGACGGGAUUGGCGGUCCAACGUCAACCGAUUGACCGGAGAGAGGAACUGUGCCAGAGGCACGUCCAGCAGCUCUUCAUCCGUGGCGAACAAGUUUUUCUGAUCUUGUCUGUCGAGUUAUCAUAAUGCAAACGACUCGAACCUUCCCCGCAACCGUGUCAGAGAAAUAAAAGAAAACAAAACUUAUGACGGGGAAAGAAAAAAAAAACAACGAAAAAGCGGGUUAUUAUUAUGGCUGUUAUUAAAAGAAAUCAAAGACUGUGUGUGCGGCCCAUUGUUGUUUUUUUCCAAAUAAAGACGGCGAUGGAUUGAAGCGAGCAAUUCAACUCACGA